AUGGAGGCGUAUUGCAGCGCAAUGCGUCACCUUGAAGACAAGUUCGACGCGCUCGAGCUCAACCUUAUCGCGCGCAAGUACAACGAGGAAGCGAACGAACUAGCUAAGAUCGCGUCUGGGUGGACCACCGUCCCCCCGAACAUCUUCGCCCACGACCUCGCCAAACCAUCCGUCGACUUCAAGAAUCCAGCGGAAGCCACCGGCGCAACCCCUGAACCCUCGGGGGCUGCAGCCACUGAGCCCUUGGCCGAAGACCCCUCGGCGGAGGAGUCUGAGGCCACUGAGACAGAAACCGAGAUCUCCUCGGUGGACGAGGCUGAAGCGAUGGAGAUCGACGAGACCCUGCCUUCACGUGACUGGCGCAGCCAGUAUCUCGAAUGGAUGAACCGAGGGGUCCUACCCUCGAACCACGCUCAGGCGUGGUGCAUCACCAGGCGGGCCAAGUCCUUCGUCUUGAUCGACAACGAGCUAUCAAAGUGCAGUCCCUCGGGCGUUCUGCAACAUUGCAUCCUUAUUCCCAAGGGCAGGGAGCUGAUCCGGGACAUCCACGCCGGGAUUUGUGGCCACCAUGCGGCGCCACGCACCCUUGUGGGCAACACAUUCCGGCAGGGCUUCUAUUGGCCCACAGCAGUCGCCGAUGCCACCGAAGUCGUGCGGACCUGCGAGGGCGGCCAGUUCUAUGCCCGGAAGACGCACUUCCUAGCCCACGCUCUGCAGACAAUCCCCAUCACAUGGCCUUUCGCCGUGUGGGGAUUGGACCUCGUCGGGCCACUACAGAAAGCACCUGGGGGCUUCACCCACUUGUGGACGAGGCUCGAGACGUGGCGCUUCUACACUCAGCACGAUACUAGUAGUCCCUACGGUGAUAUCAAGCACAGAGGGUUCGACGCCGAGAUCUCAACAAGGGAGACUUGGUGCUGA